AAAGCCUCACUUUCCCAGCUUCCUUCUUUCUCUCUUUAUCUUUCACUCUUUGUGUGUGAGUAUGGGAGAUGCAGCAGUGGAGCCUGCGUUGGUGCAGACUCUAGCAGUGAGUGUGGUUAAAAGCUCCAGAUGCAUUUCUCUAUCUCCUUCUUUCCAGCGCUGCUCCCUGUCCUCCUGGAUUCAAGAGAACAUUAAGAAGAAGGAGUGCUGCUACUUUGUGGAAGAUGGCAGAGAGGGGAUUUGUAUGUGUGGCUACCCAAAGGUCCACCACACUGAUGAGGCCAUCAAACCAGAGGAAUUCAUGGGGGAGCAGUGGGACCAACAGAGGCAUGUUAGAGAGGUCCCCACUGAUGCAUUCGGUGACAUCAACUUUGGAGGAAUCAGACAAAAAACAGCAAAGUAUAUUCGUGUAUCUUCAGAAACAUCUGCUGAGGUGUUGUACCAGCUGAUGACAGAACGUUGGAAGCUCAACCCCCCAAACCUGUUAAUCUCAGUGACAGGUGGAGCCAAAAACUUCUACAUGAAGACCCACCUGAAGGAUAAGUUCCGCAGAGGGCUAAUUAAGGUGGCCCAGACCACAGGUGCUUGGAUCCUGACAGGUGGCACACACACGGGUGUGAUGAAGCACGUCGGGAGUGCGGUGCGAGACUACACCCUCAGCAGCAACUCUGUAGACGGACAGAUUGUGGCAAUUGGUGUGACUACCUGGGGGAUCAUCCACAACCGGCAUGGUCUUGUCCAUUCUGAGGGUCGCUUUCCUGCUCAUUACUAUCUGGAUGAGCAGGGUCAGGGCCGUCUCUCCUGUCUGGAUGUUAACCAUUCUCAUUUCCUGCUGGUGGAUGAUGGUACACAGGGCCAUUAUGGGGUUGAGAUUGAUGUUCGUGGUAGGCUGGAGAAACUGAUCUCUGAGCAGCCUCUGGGAAACAAAGAAAGUGGUGUGAAGAUUCCAGUCGUGUGUGUGGUGCUGGAUGGUGGACCUGGAACUCUAAAUACAAUCUACAACUCUAUGAUGAACAGCACUCCAUGUGUUAUUCUGGAAGGGUCUGGGCGCUUAGCUGAUGUCAUCGCUCAUGUGGCUGGUCUACCCUUGUUGAAGGUCACUCUGGCUCUGAUCCAUCGACUGCUGAAGAGGUUUUUCGCAGAGGAGUACGAGUCCUUCUCUGAGAUCAAGAUCAUUGAGUGGACCAAGAAGAUUCAAGACAUUGUUCGAAUGCCGCAGUUACUGACAGUGUUCUGCAUCGACGAGGAGAAAAACAGUGACCUGGAUGUGGCCAUUCUCCAAGCUUUUCUAAAAGCCUCCCGUAGCAGUGUCAGUGUGGGCAAGCAGAAACGGGAGAGACAGCUAGAGCUGGCUGUGGCCUGGAAUCGUGUGGACAUUGCAGAGAGUGAGAUAUUUACUGAAGAAAGUCACUGGAAGUCCAGUGACCUGCACCAGGCCAUGUUCUCUGCACUGGUGGGCCAUAAAUCCGAGUUUGUGCGUCUUCUGCUGGAGAACGGAGUGUGCAUCCGCCAGUUUCUCCAUCAUCAAGACACCCUUCAUGAGCUGUAUACACACCUGCCCAGCUGCCUUUUCUUGCGCAAACUGGCCAAGCGCGCUCCAAGGGGCACUAAAAUUGCACUCAACCAUGUGUCGGAUGAAGUGCGUCACCUGCUGGGCAGUUUUACUCAGUCGCUGUACGUCCCAGCAUCACCCUGUCAGAGAGUAGCAAAACCUAACGAUGACAUCUGUUUAACUGUGCCAGCCAAAGGCCACAGCGUGGAGCUGCCAUGCUUUGAGGAGAAGAGAGCUCCAGACACUGUAUGGGACCCAGGCAGAGACCUUUUCCUCUGGAGUGUGCUGCAGAACAAGAGAGAGCUGGCAGAAAUCACUUGGGAACAGUGCAGUGACUGUAUGGCUGCUGCUCUGGCUGCCAGUAAGAUCCUGAAGAAGCUUGCUGAAGAGGGAGGGGAUAAUGGAGAGGAAACUGAAUCUAUGCGAGAACUCGCCAAACACUAUGAGAAACGAGCCAUCGGUGUGUUCAGCGAGUGUCAUAGCAAUGAUGAACAGAGAGCUCAGAAGCUGCUGACUCGAGUCUCGCCAUCUUGGGGCGGGGCAACCUGUCUGCGCCUCGCCCUCGAGGCUGAUGACAAGAGCUUCAUAGCUCACUCAGGGGUCCAGGCCCUGUUGACUCAGAUCUGGUAUGGGGAGAUAGCUGUGGAUAACCCACAAUGGAAGCUCCUGCUCUGCAUGGUUUUCUUUCCACUUAUCUACACCGGAUUUUUGGCCUUCAGGCGAGAUGAGGCCAUGCGAAGAGAAGCGGAGCGGACAGAAGAGGAGAAGCUGGUGAUGGACUCUGUCACUGGAUUCUGUGCUGAUGACAGAGACAGACCUCAGAAUCGUGACCAAUCUCAGAAGUCUCACGUACGUCCUCUGAACUGUUGGACGCGGCUGAUGGGUCUGUUCACCUGCCCUCAGGUGAAGUUCUACUGGAACAUCGCCUCCUACUUUGGUUUCCUCUGCCUCUUUGCUGUGGUGCUAAUGACAGACUUCCAGCCUUCACCAUCCUGGAAGGAGUUCCUACUGUAUGUGUGGCUGAUCUCUCUGGUGUGUGAGGAGGUCAGACAGCUCUUCAAUGACUCGGAUGGAUUUGGCCUUCAGAAGAAAGCGAAGAUGUACAUUAAAGACCUGUGGAACAUUUUGGAUGUGCUGUCGAUAAUGCUUUUCAUCAUUGGCCUGGCUUGCAGGCUGCAGGCUUCUGGAACAGUGUUCUAUGUGGGUAAAGUCAUCCUCUGCAUCGACUUCAUCAUAUUCUGCUUGCGCCUGAUGGCCAUCUUCACCAUCAGCAGAACCUUAGGUCCUAAGAUUAUCAUUGUCAGGAAAAUGAUGAUGGAUCUGUUCUUCUUCAUGUUCCUACUCAGUAUCUGGGUGGUGGCCUAUGGAGUGGCCAAACAGGGCAUCCUCAUUCAGAAUGAGGAGCGUCUCAACUGGAUCUUUCGUGGAGCUGUGUAUGAGCCCUACCUCAUCAUCUUUGGGAACAUUCCAGCUAGUAUAGACAAUACACAGUUUACCAUGGACAGUUGUAGUGUAAAUGGCACAGAUCCUUUGAAGCCCAAGUGUCCAGUGCUGAAUGAUGAUAACAUUCCAGUCUUCCCAGAAUGGCUGACCAUCAUCAUGCUGUGUGUUUACCUGCUGUUUGCCAACAUAUUGCUUCUCAACCUCCUCAUAGCCAUCUUCAACUACACAUUCACAGAGGUGCAGGAUAAUACAGACACUAUCUGGAAGUUUCAACGUUAUGAGCUGAUAAAGGAAUACCACAGCCGUCCUGCUCUGCCCCCGCCCUUCAUCCUCCUGAGCCAUCUGUACCUGUUAAUCAUACAUGUGUUGCUGCGACGACCCACUGACAAACACAGGCACUUCAGGCAGGAGGUGAGUCAGGCAGAGGAUGAGGAGCUGUUAUCAUGGGAGUCAUUCAUGAAGGACAAUUAUCUGUCAUCUCUGAGGCAGGAUAAGAGCCAGAGUGUGGAGCAUCGCAUCCAGGACACAGUAGAAAAGGUUGAAACCAUGUCAGAACUACUGGAACGAGAACAUGACAGAGGUUCUGGUGCCGUGGCGAAAAGGCUGGCCCGGCUGGAGGAACAGGUCUCACAGUCCACUAAAGCUCUACAGUGGAUUAUGGACACUCUUCAAUCCCAGGGCUACAAAUCUAAACAGGAGGCACCAAUAAUGGCCUGUGCAGUGAAGAGCACUGAGAGUGACCCUUCAGAAUCUACUGGGCAUGAACCAGAGGAGGAGAAGACUCAUCACUUCUAUGCCCGCCAGCACUACUAUCCUGACAGUGCUGUUAAACGCUUCCCUGUGCCUGAGGAGAAAGUGCCUUGGGAGGUGGACUUCCCCCCUUACUAUCCUCCAAUUUACAAUCAACAAGAAACCCCAGAUUCAGAGAGUUCAGCCUUAGACAGCCACAGGAACCCUGCAGGGCGAACAGGAAUAAAGGGAAGAGGAGCUCUAAAAGGCCUUGGCCCUAAUCACAUUCUAGACCCAGUUAUCACAAGAUCUGAAGGCUCUGUGUUGGAGUUCUUGGCUGUCUGGGAGGAGACAGCAGGAUGCUGGACAUUCCCUGGGGGUCCUGCCCAGCCCGGAGCACCGUUACCCAAGAGGCUCGAAACAGCACUAGGGAAGAAGCUUUACCAGAAAAUCAAAGCCAAAAUAGAGUCAGGGACUGGCGUCAAAGAGGUCUACAAGGGUUAUGUAGAUGACAGCCGUAACACUGAUAAUGCCUGGGUGGAAACCACUGUAAUAACAGUUCAUUUCGACCGGCGGAGCCUGCUGACGGGUGAUGGCGGUGAGAUGGGCAGCUGCUCUGAGCAGUUCCAGUGGCAGGAGGUGAGCAGCAGAACAGCCGUGCGCCCAUACCAGCGAGAGGCUCUUCGUCUCAUCGCCCAGUUACACAACACCAACUUCUGAGUCUCAGGAAGACACAAACACUCUUGAUACCUCAGUGCUUCACCAGACAGAGCUACAGUACUACCCUGAAAGCAGUUAAGGAUCUGUUUAUCAUGUUCAAAACUAGCUCACUUUUUAAAGUUUGUUUUGCUGGCUGUAGUGCAGAACCAAAAUGUUUUUUUGUUUGGAAGGAAUGCAAUAAGAAUACAUAAGCCAUAUACAGUAGCUAUAAUAAGCUUACCAUACCAAAAAUCAUUUCUUUACUAGUACUUUGUUACAAGUUCUGUUGCCUUAAAGGGCUCAUAUCCUACAUUUUUGUUGUACUUUGUUCCCCCCUGAGGUCCACUUAUGAUGUCUGCGUGUACCAAUAUGUACCAUACUUUAUUUUUACAUGACCUUUUUCCAACUUUUCUUUGUCUGUAUGAUUUUCUUUAUCCUUUAAACAGACUGGUUUUGUUACUAUGCCCUAAAGACCAAAACAUGUAAAUGAUCCCUGUAUUGUGCCUUGUGCAAAAAGCAGUCUAGGCUGACAAACUUCUAAUAAUUUCAGUGUGACUGGAUGGGGCUAAACUGCUCUGGACACAAUAUCUUGAGCCCACUCUUCCAUGAACUGGGUGCACAUUUCAGACAGAAUUUUGUGCCUGGAUGCCUAUUAAGAAAAGUUAAGAUUGAGCUCUGGUGAUUUUGUUGGUCACUAAGAUUGUUCCAGUGUUCCAUCAUGUCUGUUGAACCGGUCACCUACAAACAUCCUACAGUUGUCAUCCUAGAGUGUGGGAAACACAAUGUUUGUGGAAGAUGGGCUAAAUUGCACAGGAAGUAUCUCCAGAGGCUGGUGUAAUCCAUAUAUGCCAGGAUUGGUAUGGUCAUUAAGGCAGGGGGAUGCAUAACUAAGCAUUAGGGGAGAAAUGAUGCGUGUAAAUAGCUUUUGCCACCUGAGAGCUUAACCUCAGACUUCAUACUGCACACUGCACCUCUUUCUGAUUCCUUGUUGCUUAUUUUAGUUUUAGUUGCUUACACAGCCUCAUUGCUGCCGCAUACAUUACAAUGAGACAGUCUUUUGCUCCUAUUACUCAAACCAGGUUUUCUAUCCUGAUCACUGUUUUACAGUGCUUUAGAUGCAUAGUGAAAUCAUUCAGCAUAGCUUUAACAUGUAUCUAGGCCAUUUAAAGCCAUAAGUAAUGGUAAAUUGAGUUGAUGUAAAAAAAAUAAAUACAUUAUUCCACAGAA